CUAAGCAGUGAAAGAGAGAGAGGGAUGGGGAGAGGAGCCGCGAUGUUCGGACUCCAACAACUGUACCGUUAUUCUGAAAAUUAUCUUCACAGGAAUGCACGCACUUCAGUGAAUGCUACAAUAAUAGCAAGCUUAUGUUGAAAAAGUAAAGGGGAAAUAAAAAAACAUACUUGCAACCGGGUUGAAAGCUGAAGUGGAGAAAGUGUGACAGAGUGGGAUUCUAUUUCAAAAGAAGGGUGCAAAGAGGGAACCAUGCACCGCGCGUUCUCCUUUCCUAUGACUGCCGAGCGCAGUCGGAACAAGGAACGCCUGGAGGCGAGUCUCGCCGGACUUUGCGAGCUGGAGUUGCUCAAGCAGAGGCAGGAGUGUCUGGUUCUUAGCGCUUUGUCUCUUGGGGACACCGUCCCGGGGCACCCCGCCUGGGGUGACCUCCAGCCACCCCUCUCCGCCCCCAUGGGCCCUAGCCGCGUGCAAGACGACUUGACUUUGAGACGCCAGCUGAACAGCCUGCAGUGCGCCCCCUGGGGGCUGAUGGCAGCACUGGCGCAGCUGGUGGGGGACCUGAGAGUGGACAUGGAGACGGGGUGUCCCGAGCCCCAGGGCGACAUGGGAGACAGCCGGUCGAGCUCAGGAUUUUACGAGCUGAGCGAGGGCCAGUCUCUGGGAGGUGUGUCCGACCCCUCCAUGUACGGGGAGCUCUCCUCCAGCUGCUUGGGGGAGGGGAGGGUGGCCAGCGUGGGAGAGAGACCCAAGUCUGUUGGCGACAUCUUCAUGGCCAAGCGCGAUGGGCUGCUGGAUCCCUGCCCCCGCCCCAUGGUGCCCCGCUCCUUCUCCGCCCCGUAUCCAUCUCUGGAGGGCAUUGCGGAGGGGGCGGGGGAGGAGGGCCCCUGCCCCUGGGGCUCUGGGUACCCCUCCGCCGGGCUGGACGAGGACCCCACAGCGGAGGACUUCCAGGAGGCCCUGCGGGUGGAGAGCUACAUCCUGGGCCUGAUACAGCGCCGCAUCCUCCCCCCACGGCCUAGCAAACCCCGCACCACCCUGGGGCCCGAGACCCGCGGCGUGGCCCGGCAGAGCAGCCUGCGACGCAAGGAGGGGCCCUACGGCCCCGAAAACCGCAACGCAUCACCCAGCCUGCCCGCAACGGACGGCCAGUCCUGGACCUUCCAGGGCCUGGAGGAGGAGAGGGGUGGGGGGCCCGUGGUGGAGGACUGCCUGCCCCCUAGGUUCCCCCUCCCCAGACCUGCUGCUCCGGACUACCCCUGCAGGGGGCUGGACCCCAGCAGCAGCGAGCCCGAUUCACCCCAGCGCCUCCACGACUCGCCUCGCACCCCGUCGCCUGGAGAACAGCUGGUGAGCGCCCACUACAUCCCCGCCCAGCCCAGCCGCGCCCCUCCCGCCCACCUCCUCCGCUCCGCCCACCGGCCCCCGGGCCCUGCCAAGCCUCACCGGACUCCCUACUCCCCAGAGCGAGCCCUUCUCGCUGGCAGGUCCCGGGCACCUCCCAGGAAGUGCCGGGGCAGCGAAGCGGAGAGCCCCGCCCCCAGGAAGGCGGGCCGGCGGGCGGGCCGCUCGCAGUCGGAGAACAGCCUCCUGGGGCAGCGAGGCGGGGAGCGCAAGUACAACACAGUGGAGCGGGACGGGGGGCGGGGCUCCCAGGCUCGGCCCCGGAAGCCACAGCCGGGGAGUCUGGGAUACCGCCGCUGGCGCUCCACCCAGGAGCUGAGCCAGGACGAGGGGGAGCCGCCGGGAGAACAAGCCUGUCGACGCCAGAGGAAGCCCCGCCCUCCCCCGCCGCCGUACCCCUACCCCUAUGCCCCGCAUGCGCACACUUACCGCCAUGGCGAGGGCCCGGAGCUGGCGGCCCCCUGCAGGGCGGAGGAGGCCUACGCCGUUCCUCCCGUAGGCGAGUCAGAGAGCAGCCUCAGUGAGGGCGACUCUCCGGGCUCCAGCUCCCUCUCCACCGACUCCGACGAGAGCGGCGGGUUGGUCUGGCCCCAGCAGCUACCGCCACAGCUCACCACCGCUACGCCCCCGGCCCCGCCCGGCGGCCCCACCCAGCCCAAGGCCUUUGUGAAGAUCAAAGCCUCCCACGCCCUGAAGAAGAAGAUUCUGAGGUUCCGGACCGGUUCCCUCAAAGUCAUGACUACAGUCUGAAGCUCUGACUCCCACAUCCUGAAGGCCAUUGUGCCUACAACUCCCAUCAUCCUCUGCCCAUCCUUACUUCAGAUUGAAUCCUCUAAUGGGGGAGCAGGCCAGAAAUUUAAUCUGAACUACCCCUUCUUCUGAAGUCGCAUAAUGUCAAACUUACGCCAUUAUUUGGGGUUCCCAAUGUACUGGGGUUCCCAAUGUCCUCAAACCUGUCCUUGCAAGACAAAUUCUAGUGAUGGAACCUCAUGAAAAACCCAUAGGAUACUGCCCAGUAAUUUAAAAAGUUUAAGAUUCAGAGGACAUAAGUCAAGGGGAAACAUUAGUUUUUCAAGCUGGACUUUCAAUUUACUAGCGUGUCUAGCAAUGUUCAUGUACUACUGUUGCACAGAUUGGCUAGCUGGUCGGCUUGUGCAUCAGGCUCCCUAAAGGUGCUCACCCCCACAGUACCAUCAAUAGACCAGCCCUGAAUUCACAUUAAUUUGAAAAAAUAACCCCCAGCACAUUUGUGCUUUAAUAUCACUGAAGACCUGUGGAGAGUUUGUGGCCCCAGCUCAGUCACGACUGUGGCCGUAAUGCCAGCACUCCAGAGAGAACGUUCUGCGUUUGACCUCCUCCCAGCAUGCAAUGGGCCGAGUGGCCCAUGCGUUCCGGUGUGUCGCCACACCCGUAGAUCCCUGUGCGUACCUGCCUGUGGCCUUGUAUUUGUGAAUGAAUGUAGCCUGUAAAUAAAGAGAUGUUACCUCAA